GAUGUUGACAGUUCCCGGGAACUCCCCGUUGAUGUCCUUGGUGAGGACGCCGUCGGUCCUGUUGUAAUGUGCCGUGCCUGGGACCUGGAGGCCAUCUGUCUGUCAGGAAGUAGUCACGUGAUGACAUGUGAUCUGGCAAGCUGUGGUGGCCACCAAUCCACCAAGUCGUGGGCGGCGCUCAAGGUCACCGCGCUGUGAAUGAAGGACACGCUUCAAGCAUUUGCUUUGAGAGGAAUAAUUAUUAUUCUGUCUUCCAUAAUAAUUAUUAUCAUUAUUGUUGUUGUUGUUGUUAUAGAGGUGAAGGCGGCGUCGGUGUCCUGUCGGCAGAAUGACGUCAUCAGAAAGUGCUGUAGUUGCUGUGGUUGAAGAAUGCAAGGACGGCAGUGGCGCCAACAACAGCCUGGCCCUGCUGACCAAGGAUGACCACCAGGACACAGAGCUAGGGGCAGUCAUGUACAUCAUAGCUGUCCUCACCUUCUACAGCCUGGCUCUCGUUGUCAUGAUCGUCAAGUAUCUCAAGACAGAGAGGAAGGAGAUGGAGGAGGAGAUACAGCUGGAGAAGUUUUUUAAAGGGACUCUGACGACCACGAGCUUCACGGGUACCCGGACGACCCUCAGACGAGGAGAGCCAGCCAGCACAGCCUACACCCGUACGACAGAGUCACGCAUGCGCACGCCGGCGGUCACCCCACGCACUUCCGGCGGGGCUCGCAUGAAAAUCUGGGUCAAGGCCACAUGUGCCAGGUCACGGCGAACGCUCUAGAGGGUCAUCUGAACGGAGAGGACGACUAUCGUCUGGGGACGGACGGGGAGAGUUAUGUUCAGUUCCGGCCGAGCGACUUAGCAGACGACGGAUGCUUCUCGGACGAAGAGUAUGGCCGUCACUCGCUGUACUCCCCGCCCUACACGUCUGCUGACGGUUUCAACGAAAGGGAAGAAGCUUACAACCAGGCCACGCCGUUCUUACAAAAGGACAGGAACGCUAACGCGGUCAAAGGUUAUGGGUCAGAGCGAGUGACCCCGGCGGUGUCCACAUCCGAGAGAGGCAAAGACCGUCACGUCAUGUGGUCUUCCAACGACAUGGACAACGACAGUGACGGCUGUCUGCAGUCUCCCGACAGAGCUGCUGUCUUCCCGUCCAAAAAUUCCGAACAUUCGGUCAAAUUUCAGGUCGUGAACGAAACAGCAGGCCCACACGUCAACCCCCGAUCUACAAAACAACAAAAGUUAGAUCGGACCUCGGCGCCGCCUCGUUCUCACACCAGCAGCGAGACAGCAGACGACAGCUGCGCGUCGUGUUUGUCCACGGGCCGAUCGUCUGACCAGAGAGAUCACAAGAAGAAAGAGAAAUCUGGCUCCAAAUCGAGAGUGAGGAUCCCACAGAUCAGCAUAACUCGUAGCUCGACGAGCGGGGAUAUUUCCGUGCCGGCCAUAGACUACAAGAUCGGGAAAUCCCACCACACGAGCGCGGAAUCUGCUGCAGAAAGCGGCGGCGGCAAAAAUUCAGGGAAAGGCUUCCCAAAACCCGCGAAACGUACUCUGUUUGCCAGAUCCUCGGCAUCAAAAGACAAAAAGUCGGGCCAAAAGGGCGCGGCAAAACACGCGCAAUCUAAAAACGCGCCGGAGAAAGACCUGUCGAAACCGGGAAUACCCGAAAGUUAUAGCUCGCGCGAGGCUGAUCAGGCUGUGGUGAUGAGUGACACACAGAGUUAUGACAGUAGCUCCAGCCUCCUCCCGAGAGGAGACAAAGGAAAUACCUCCGACGACAGCCCGGCAAACUCUCCUGUACGCGUGCUCAAUAAUUCAGCCGCACAGUCGAAGAAAUCUUUAUCCUUCAACGCCGCUCUGAAUUCUUCCAAAGGGAAACGCGAAUCUCUGCCGCCUGUGGAUAUGAACCCAUCCACGUACGCGUCAGCAUUAUCUCGACAACCGAACAAAAGUAAAGAUGGUGCGAAUAAAAACCCCGCGCAGUUACCUCCCUCUUCCACCGCUGUAGUAAGCAACUCUGCACGACCAGACAACGGCACGAGCGUCCCCAGGUACCCGGCCAAACAACCGCGGAGUACACUCCCCUUCGUGGUCAACAGCUCCUUCGCCACAUCAGCUGUCUCACCGUCUGUCUCCACCACCACCACCACCACCACCACGAACGCCACCACCAUCGCUGCAGCAGCAACAACAACAACGACAACAGCAACACCAACAACAACAGCACACCCCGCUGCUGCUUCACCCACAACCUCAACCACCAGAGACAACUCGCUAGUCAUCGCUAACGCCGCCACCGCCAUGACACUCCCCGCCUCCACGUCGCAAGUCGCGAUGACGUCAUCAUCAGCAGCUGCCGUCCUGCCUUGUGCUGCAACGGAGGCGGAGAGGGACGGAAACGGCCGAGAAGAUCCAAAGUCUCCCGACGACGCGUCCGUGUCCUCUGGCCAGAGCGUAAUUAACGUGGGUGCUCCUCAAACCGUGGGUACUGUGGUGAGGUUUGCAGACGCCGCAUCGACUCCACCACCUGGCGGCUUCCUCGUCACUGACCUGUGAUAAACACAAACACAGACACAUACAGACAUACAGAGGUUCUUUCAGGAAGAGAGAAUUUAAUACAGGAAGAGAGUGCUCAAAGUUAAAGUGCAUUCAACUUAUCGUGAACACUUUUGAAGCAUGAUUUCUCAGCAACUAUUUGUUUGAUUAGAACCAAAUUUUGAGUAGUGCCAUUGUGCACUAUAGGCAAUAUAAAACUUAUCUUAGAUACCUUUUCAGAUUAUGUUAAAUCACUGCUCUUUCUAAUGAAUAGGGCGGAUUCAAUAUUUACAGUAGGCGUAUCCAUAAGUUGAAUUGUGAAGAAACUAAUUAAUACAACUGCGCAUGUGUCAUUGUAGUUGAGAAAACAAUCUUCUGUGUGGAACACUGAGUAGCCGUGUACGACCAAAGAUAGUACAUAACAAGAUGGGCCACUCAGCCAAAAAAGUGUCCGCCGGAAGUUCGCUCUUUG